AUGUCAGCGUCGGCGUCUCAACGAAAAACUCUGAGCAUUUCUGAACAGUUGGAUCUCGUCGUCGAUGUCAAAAUGAAGAAACUCAAACUGGCCGCUGCAGCCAAAAAGUACGGAAUCGGUUAUUCAACAGCAGCAAAAAUUCUCAAAAAAGAAGGCGAUCUCAGAUUGUGCAUGCAAGUGAACGGAAACACUAAUCGCAAACGAAAGCGCCAAUCCGUGCACAAGGACGUUAACGAAGCGCUUACACAAUGGUUUACGCAAGCAUGUCCUGAUGGAGCUACCGUCACCGAUCACGUCAUCAGGCAGAAAGCAUCACAACUGGCCGUAAAUCUUGAAGUUGAUUUUGAACCGAGCAAUGAAGAGCUCAUGCGCUGGAAGCAGGCCAAUAACGUUUCGUUCAAAAAAUUUCACGGCAAAUCAACGUCAGCAGAUCAUGGUUCUGCCAACGAAUGGGUGACAAACGUUUUGCCGCAACUUUUUCGUUUGGAACUGUGA